GGGAAAGCGAGGGAUAUCUUGAUCGCGUCUGUGAAAAGGCGAAGAAAAAACGGAAAUUUUCGGCAAUUUAGUGAACUGUCCGUCCGUGUGGUUUUGUAUUAUUCGCUCGUUUAAUCCUUCGAACCGUGUUCAACAUGUCGGAUGCACCGAGCUCGCCGGCCCCGAACCUACCGUCGGAGAUGGAUCGGCGAAACUUUGGCCGUUCUGGUAUGACCUCGCCGGUGGGCGAUUUCGAGCCGUUUGAGAACGAGGAAGAAAUCCUGGGCGACACCACCGUGCGCGAUGAGGCCAACGAAGAGGAGGAGGAUGGGGAGGAACUGUUUGGCGACAACAUGGAGAACGACUAUCGGCCCGUUCCGCACCUCGAUCGGUACGAUAUGGACGACUUGGACGUGGAGGAGUACAGUGAUCUGUCGCAGACGGAUCGUGCGGCGGCCGAAGCGGAGAUGCGGCGCCGUGAUCGGGCUGCCGGAAUCCACCGUGAUGAUCAGGAUCAUCUGUUCUACGACAAGAGCGACGACGAAGAUGGGAUACCGCAGGCGAAGCGUCGCGCCGCGGCCGAGAAGGCGGCCCAAAUCGAAACUGAGGAUGCGGAAAUGGUGGAAUCGAUCGAGCAUCUCGAGGAAACCAAAGGCCAUAGCAUCAAAGAGUGGGUAUCGAUGUUGGGCCCGCGGACGGAAAUUUCCAACCGAUUCAAUAGCUUUCUGCGCACGUUCGUCGAUGAGAAGGGACACUACGUGUACCGUGAUCGCAUCCGGCGCAUGUGCGAGCAGAACAACUCGAGCUUCGUGGUAUCGUACCCGGAUUUGGCCAACAAUCAGCGCGUGCUAGCAUACUUCCUGCCCGAGGCACCGUUUCAGAUGCUCGAGAUCAUGGAUAAGGUCGCGAAGGAGAUGGUACUGAGCAUCUAUCCUACGUACGAGCGGGUCACGAACGAAAUCCACGUGCGCAUCUCGGACCUGCCGCUCGUGGAGGAGCUGCGCACAUUCCGCAAGCUGCACUUGAAUCAGCUCGUACGGACGCUCGGUGUGGUAACGGCGACGACGGGAGUGCUGCCACAGCUUUCCGUCAUCAAGUAUGAUUGCGUCAAGUGCGGUUACGUGCUGGGACCGUUCGUGCAGAGCCAGAACACCGAGGUUAAACCCGGCUCGUGUCCCGAGUGUCAAAGUGCGGGACCGUUUUCGAUCAACAUGGAGCAAACGCUGUACCGGAACUAUCAGAAGAUUACGCUUCAGGAAUCACCGGGACGGAUUCCGGCCGGACGUAUUCCACGAAGCAAAGAUUGCAUACUGUUGGCCGAUCUGUGCGACCAGUGCAAGCCGGGUGACGAGAUCGAGGUGACGGGCAUUUACACGAACAACUACGACGGAUCGUUGAACACCGAGCAGGGUUUCCCAGUGUUUGCAACCGUUCUGAUCGCCAACCACUUGGUAGUGAAGAACAGCAAACAUGUGGUGGCAUCGCUGACCGAUGAAGAUAUCGCAACGAUACAACGUCUUAGCAAAGAUCCGCGCAUUAGUGAGCGGAUCGUGCAAAGCAUGGCCCCGUCGAUCUACGGCCACAACUACAUCAAGCGCGGACUGGCGCUAGCGUUGUUCGGAGGUGAGUCGAAGAACCCGGGUGAUAAGCACAAAAUCCGUGGCGACAUCAACAUUCUCUUGUGCGGUGAUCCGGGAACGGCCAAAUCGCAGUUUCUGAAGUACACAGAAAAGAUUGCUCCUCGGGCCGUGUUCACCACCGGUCAGGGUGCUUCAGCCGUCGGUUUGACGGCUUACGUUCGGCGCAAUCCGGCCACACGUGAGUGGACACUGGAGGCGGGUGCCCUGGUACUGGCCGAUCUCGGUGUCUGUCUGAUCGAUGAGUUCGACAAGAUGAACGACCAGGAUCGCACAUCGAUCCACGAGGCAAUGGAACAGCAAUCGAUCUCGAUCUCGAAGGCCGGCAUCGUGACUUCGUUGCAGGCUCGCUGUGCGGUGAUUGCUGCGGCUAAUCCGAUCGGUGGCCGGUACGAUCCCAGUAUGACCUUCUCGGAAAACGUGAACCUCUCCGAACCAAUCCUGUCCCGUUUCGAUGUGCUGUGUGUGGUAAAGGAUGAAUUUGAUCCGAUGCAGGAUCAACAUCUGGCCCGGUUCGUGGUCGAAUCGCACAUCAAGAACCAUCCCUCGAUGGCGGACGUCGUACCGGAAUCGCAACCCGAGAACAGUAUGCAGAUACCGCAAGAGUUGCUGAAGAAGUACAUCGUUUACGCGAAGGAGAACGUGCACCCGAAGCUGUCGAACAUGGACCAGGACAAGAUCGCUAACAUGUACUCACAGCUGCGUCAGGAAUCACUCUCGACCGGUUCGCUGCCGAUCACGGUGCGCCACAUCGAGAGCGUUAUCCGUAUGUCGGAGGCACACGCACGCAUGCAUCUGCGCGAUACGGUACAGGAUGUGGACGUGAACAUGGCGAUCCGUAUGAUGCUGGAAAGCUUCAUCGAGGCACAGAAGUUCAGCGUGAUGAACAAGAUGCGAUCCACCUUCCAGAAGUAUCUCUCCUUCCAGCGCGAUCACUCGGAGCUGCUGUUCUUCAUCUUGCGUCAGCUUACGCUCGAUCAGCUAGCCUAUCUACGGUGCAAGGAUGGUCCGCGCGCAACCCACGUCGAGGUGAUGGAGAAGGAUCUGUCCGAGCGGGCCAAAGCGAUCGAUAUUCACAAUCUGAAGCCGUUCCUCGAAUCGGAGCUGUUCAAAACGAACGGAUUCACGUACGAUGCCAAGCGAAAGGUGAUCGUGCAGAUCGUACCGGAAGCUGCCGAAGCGUAAUGUCUCGC